AUGCCUGGACCUAUAGCUCUACCGGCCCCAAAGCUGUCUGAACCCCUGAAUCCCUGCCACAUCGUACCUCCAAACCUGUACCUCCAAACCACCGUACCUCUGUACCUCCAAACCACCAUACCUCCAUACCUCCAAACCACCGUACCUCCGUACCUCCAUACCUCCAAACCACCAUACCUCUGUACCUCCAAACCACCAUACCUCCAUACCUCCAAACCACCGUACCUCCAUACCUCCAAACCACCAUACCUCCGUACCUCCAUACCUCCAAACCACCGUACCUCCGUACCUCCAUACCUCCAAACCACCGUACCUCUGUACCUCCAAACCACCAUACCUCCAUACCUCCAAACCACCGUACCUCCGUACCUCCAUACCUCCAAACCACCAUACCUCCGUACCUCCAUACCUCCAAACCACCAUACCUCCAUACCUCUGUACCUCCAAACCACCAUACCUCCAUACCUCCAUACCUCCAAACCACCGUACCUCCGUACCUCCAAACCACCAUACCUCCGUACCUCCAUACCUCCAAACCACCAUACCUCCGUACCUCCAUACCUCCAAACCACCGUACCUCCGUACCUCCAUACCUCCAAACCACCGUACCUCCGUACCACCAUACCUCCAUACCUCCGUACCUCCAUACCUCCAUACCACCGUACCUCUGUACCUCCAAACCACCGUACCUCCAUACCUCCAUACCUCCAUACCACCGUACCUCCGUACAUCCAAACCACCGUACCUCUGUACCUCCAAACCACCGUACCGCCGUACCGCCAUACCUCCAUACCACCAUACCUCCAUACCACCAUACCUCCAUACCUCCAUACCAUUACAAUCCUAAUCCAUGACCCCUACGGUACACAGACCCCCCUCUGCCAAGGCAGACUCCCUCCCCCAGUGGGACUGCUGGGGCUUGGGGGCUCCACAGUACUGCUUCUAUGA